UGUUCUUAAACCAAGAUACCACUGUACUGUCUUCAGUGGUUCUAUUCCUGCUUCCUUGUCCAGUUUCAGAAAGUGGUAAUGUGCUCAAUCUCUUGCUAUGAAGUUCCAUGGGAUUCUAUUUUUGUUUGCCACGCUUUUCAAUAUUUACAUGAAGCUAUUGGAAGAGGUCAGAAAUCUUAAUGAGGUGUCAUCAAUAUGCAGAUUAUAUCCAGUUCCAUGUCUCAUUUGCAAUGGAGCCACUAAUAGGCUGGUUGAGGGCCAAUAAACUGAAACUCAAUCCAGAUAAAAAGAAGGCUACAUUGGCAGAUUAUUCAUUUGACCAGGAAGGAAGGUUGAACCCAUUAUUAAUGGGAUUACAGACACAUUGCCCCUGAAAGAUUAAUGCCUCUGGCAUUCCAGGUAGAACACAUACACAUACAUAGGCAUGCACUUGUAAGGCAAUGUUGCUGCGUUCAGCCCUAACAGAUAGCUGCACCUGUUUCCUUUGCAACCAUACUCCAACACCCACCCAAUCUGAUUCUUGGGUGGAGGGAGGCAUGGCGAAUGAUAAGAACAGAGAUCAGCCUCUUGCACCUUACAUUGCUUAGCUCGUUCACACUGCACUAGAACUUAAGCAGAGCCUUGGAUUACAAUGGAUCGUUUAUCCGCCAACUUGAACCCUAAAAGCAAACAGAAUGCUUUUGCAAUUAGCUCUUGUCUGAUUCAGUGGCUGAGAUUCCAUACCUUAGGCAUAGCCACCAAGAUCCCUUGUUUUAUAAAGGCUGGUGGAUUAACUCAGGUUAAUCAGCUGAGCUGUAGUGAUAUUAUUUAUAGCAUAAUCGGUAAAAUGCUGAUCUCCACCCUGUGUUUUGUUUUUCAUUUGUUUGCUCACUUUGGAAGUGGUGCUGCACUUCAUUCCAGCCUGUUGAAAUAUGAUAUCUAAGGCGUCCCCGCCUAUUUGUUUCAUAUAUAGCCUUAUUACAAGAUUGGAUACGAGCUGCAUCCUGCCAUACUUCAACCAAGAGACCCAGAAGCUGCUUCCAGGGAAUUCAUACUGAGCAAAAUGCAACUCGCCUUGCCUGGACUGGGGUUAAACCUUUACCUGUUUUUUUAUGCAGCUGCUACCUUCUGUCUGGUCAGCGUGCUCCUGAAAGUCAUCCGGCUAUACCAAAGGAGGCAAAAGCUGAUCAGAUCUUUGGAGAGCUUCCCAGGGCCACCGAAGCAUUGGUUUUAUGGACACACCAAUGAGCUCGGUCGAAUUGGAGAACUUACCACAAUGGUGUCCUGGUCGGAGAGAUAUCCCAAGGGUCAUUCCUUGUGGUUUGGAGCUUUCUUGGGGUUUCUCAAUAUCUACCAUCCAGAUUACGCCAAGGCUGUAUACAGCAGAGGAGAUCCGAAGGCUCUUGAUUUCUACAAUUUUUUUCUCCCAUGGAUCGGGAAAGGGCUACUGGUAUUAGAUGGGCCCAAAUGGUUCCAGCAUCGGCGACUGUUGACUCCUGCAUUUCACAGUGAUAUUUUAAAGUCAUAUGUGGUACUGAUGGUCGAUUCCACCAAAGUGAUGUUGGAUAAAUGGGAAAGGCUGAUCUCAGAAGAUAAAUCACUGGAUAUUUUCCAGCAUGUUGGGUCUAUGACACUGGACAGCAUGCUGAAGUGUAUCUUCAGUUAUCAAAGCAAUUGCCAGCUUGACAGUAAGAAUACAUAUGUCCAAGCAAUUAGUGACCUCAGUUGUUUGAUGCAGGAAAGAAUACAGACAUUUCUCUAUCACAAUGAUCUAAUCUAUCACAUCUGUCCUCAUGGAUACCGUUUCUUCAAGGCUUGCAGAAUAGCCCAUCGCCACACAGAAAAGGUGAUUAGGGAAAGAAAGGCACUCCUUAAAGAUGAACGGGAACUUGAGAAGAUCCAAAAGAAGAGAUAUCUAGACUUUCUGGAUAUUCUUCUCUGUGCCAGGGAUGUAAAUGGUGAGGGAUUAUCUGACGAAGACAUACGUUCUGAGGUGGACACUUUCCUCUUUGAGGGUCACGAUACCACCACCAGCGGGAUUUCCUGGACCUUAUAUGCCAUGGCCCAGAAUCCAGAGCACCAGCAAAAAUGCAGGGAGGAGAUAAAGGAGAUUCUUGGAGAGCGAGAGACUCUGCGCUGGGAUGACCUUAGUAAGAUGACUUACACGACGAUGUGUAUUAAGGAAAGCCUCCGUGUUUAUCCUCCUGUUCCUCAGGUGUACCGAGAGCUCAAUAAACCAGUCACAUUUCCUGAUGGAAAGACAUUGCCUGCAGGUGCUUUGAUAUCCCUGAAUAUUUAUGCUCUUCACAAAAAUCCUGAAGUGUGGAAGGAUCCUCAGGUGUUUGAUCCUCUAAGGUUUUCACCCGAUAAUUCAUCUCAAAGACAUUCCUAUGCAUUUUUGCCGUUUGCUGCUGGACCCAGGAAUUGCAUUGGGCAACAGUUUGCUAUGAUGGAGUUGAAACUGGCGGUUGCUCUGACUUUGCUGCGCUUCCAAGUUGCACCAGAUCCUGCUAAUCCUCCCCUUGAGAAACCUCAGCUCAUAAUGCGCUCUUGGAAUGGGAUUCACUUAUAUUUAAAGAAGCUUGCAUAGAUUAUCUGCAACCACAGAACAUGACUCUUGUAAAUAAUAAAACUUGUGUAGCUGCUAAGAUCUUUAUCGCUAUUUGAUAGAUCAGAAGAAACAUAUUACAGUUAAACCUCGGCUUCCGAACGGCUCCAUUUCCAAACGUUUCGGCUCCUGAAC